CUAGGUUGUGUUGUUUGUUUUUUAUUUUCAACUAAAAUCCGCGAUCGCACGUAGCUGCAGCAGCAUUGUUUGUUUACCAACUGUCGUAACAUCAGCCAGCAAAAUUCUGGUCAAAGGAAAUGGGAAAUGCCAGUGGCAAGCGGGAGACGGAUAAUCUCUACACAUCGGAGGAGCUACGAAUGCUGGAAUCGGCGUAUAAAAACGCUUCCGGCGGAGCUCUUGAAAAGCUGACCCAAGACAGAUUGGUGGAAACUUGGUCACAAACCAUCGAACGAUCUUUGGCCGAAAGUACGGCUCAAUAUCUAUUUACACCCACGAAGCCUGGCCAGCAAUGUGUCAACAUACCGCUAAAGAAAUUCGGAGAGCCUUACUACAUUAUGGAGCGUGGAACUAUUGACCAGAAGCUGCAAAUGCUCUUGGGUUCAUUGGACAGAAGUGGAAGUGACACCUUCAACAGCAAGCAAUUGGAGCAAUACAUCUACUCGGUGAUAAAAAGCUACGUGCAUCUAGAAAGCACUGCCAAGAACUCGGGCAUCAAAGAAUGGCAGGAUAUAGGCUUCAAUACCACGGAACGAUCGGCGGCCACUUUCGCCAAAGGGCUGAUGCGGAAUCUGGGCAAGGAGCUGGAGCACACUAUGCCCAAUGAAGCCGUGGAACGCUGGUUGCACGUCACUCCCCAGUUCCUGCAGCUCUGGCGCGAGGUCUUUAGUCAGCUGUACUGCCGUCAUGGUGGCAGCAAACGCAACAUAAUUAAGGAAAUGGAAAUUCCCAUUCUUCCAGAAAUGUGUGAUGCUCCGCAGAAUAGUCACUAUCGCCCAAUCAUCGAACUGCCGCACGUCCUAUAUAUCAAUGCCCAGUUACCACGCGAGCAUCGUCAUAAAUGGCGUUUUCUGUUUUCAUCGAAAAUUAAUGGAGAGAGCUUCUCGACCAUGUUGGGAAAAGUCUUGGACAAGGGACCUACGUUGUUCUUUAUCGAGGACGAGGAUCAGUACAUAUUUGGCGGCUAUGCAUCCGAAACGUGGUCUGUGAAACCACAAUUUGGGGGCGAUGAUAGCUCAUUGCUCUACACCUUAAGCCCUGCCAUGCGGUGCUUUUCGGCCACAACUUAUAACGAUCACUAUCAGUAUUUGAAUUUGAAUCAGCAGACUAUGCCGAAUGGCCUGGGAAUGGGCGGCCAGUUUGAUUUCUGGGGCCUGUGGAUUGACUGCAGUUUCGGCGAUGGACAGAGCGUUGAAAGCUGCACCACAUAUCGAGAUUAUGUACAGCUAAGUAAACGCAAGCAAUUUAAGAUACGAAACAUGGAAGUGUGGGCCGUUGGAGACUUACCCGUGAAGGAAGGCGAUGAAGAGGGCGAGGGUCACAAACGUUCGGUGUUGGAUGGCAAUUUGGAAGAUCGUGCUAUGUUGGAAAUCGCUGGCAAGAAAAUGCAUUCGGACGGCUUACGCGAACCCGGCAUGGAUGAUUGAUAUUAUAUGAAACUAUUAAGAGGAAAAGCUUGUUUUUAUCAUGUUCAAGAAUUUAUUAGACCAUGCCCGAUUUGGGUGUGCAGUUAAUAAUUCAAUUCUUUUUCCUUUAGCCUUAAUUCAAGCCCUAUCAAAACACAGCGAAAAAUAAGUCCUGCGAACAAAAGAGUAUUUGUUCAAUUCAUUCCUAAAGUUUUUGUUUAGCUAUUAAUGUUUAUAUAUAUACAAUGUAUAAUGGAUAUAGUUUAUGUAAUACUGAGAGUAUUGUUGUUGCGUUUUAGAUUUAAAAGUGUGAAAAUGAAAUCAUUUAUAUGGUAGAACAAACAAGCAAGAGUAAAAAGCAAUGUUAAAUCGUCGAAUUUUCCCAUUUUUAUCCUACGUCAAUAAAAUGCAAAAUGUUUGCUGAA